AUGGCCCGAAUGACCGUGGGUGAGAGGCCGGAUUCACCACUUAACCUCCUACCACCAUCUUCACUUGACCUGUCCUCACCAUUUACUGGUAAUCCUCGUGGACAACAAAAUUUCUAUUCACCUGGUGUUGGAAUAAUACAGGAUCUUACUGCAUCUACCGCAGAACAGCUUGCACUACAAGACGAGCAAGAAAUGUGGACAGGACGAACUUUAUACACACUUCCAUACGAUUUAUUGCUGAAUAUAACCAGUUAUCUCGACUUUGAUGAUAUCCAUGCUCUACAUCUGACCUGCAAGUCACUCUACUAUUCUACAACAACUCGACCUGUAUACCGCAAGCUUGCUGCAGAUCUGUUGCGAAGAUGUAGACCGUUACCACUCAAGGGCUUCCAGCGUCUUAUGGAUCUCCCUUCGGCACAGCUUAUAAUGUCUGUCAACAAAGCCCACCAUUAUGAACGUGCUUGGCGCAACCGUGGUCCUCAUCCGGCCACAGGAAGACGAAAUACAGGGAUUAGAAAUAGCAACAAUCAUUAUCUCGACAACAUGGAAAAAGAUGACUCGGCACGGCGACCCUCGUGGUACCGGAUUCUUCAAUCCCCACCGUAUGAAGAGGUGGACUGGUUAAGUCCUAUCACAUCAAGCUACAUCCUCUGCGCUACGAAAACGGGAAAGGUUGUGUGCUGGGACGUUCAGACAGACAGGUGUUUGGCAGAGUGGGUACCUGGCGAGAAAUGGGAACUUUGGAAAUGUCGAGUUGAGUUUGAUGAGAAGGUGGUGUACUUUACCAUGGCGAAGGUGUUGAAUGGAAGUUACGACGAUACCCGAUUGAUGCAUUUUUCGUUAAUGCGCCUCUCCUUCAUUGAUUCUGAACGAAGUAAUGAUCCUUCAUCUUCGAAUCCCCCACCGUCAUUCUCGCAUGUCACAUCGUUCAGAACCACGGGCGUAGUCAUGAACAUCUUCCUAUUGGAUCCCAGUGCUCGCCUUCUGAGUGCGUUCAUCUGGGUUUCUGAAUCCAAUACAAUUGGACUCUACGUUCUCCUAGACUGGGAGAGGGAGGAAUAUGUCUUCGUUGAUACCGGAAUCGAGUGUGUCAUAUCAUCCAACUGGUCAUGCAUACUCUACGCCAACAACAUUGUUAUACAUUGCGAAGAUUCGGACUCCGCCUUCCAGCACUUCUACCCACUCUCUCAUCUCGAGGGGCAUGUUCAAAAGAUUAAGCGCGGCCGCGGAUCCAUCCCAUCGACGUCGGGAACCCCACACGACGUAGGCGACAGCAUGCCGGUGAUCAGUGGCCGUCUUCGUCCAUGGGAGAGCAUCGUGAAGCGUUUCAAAUUCUCCCAACCUCCGAACUUGGACAAAACAGCUCUAGUUAGGUCGCACCACACGGCAGCACCUACCUCCGAUUCCAUGCAAGAAGUUAUAUUCGUCAAUGAGAGUGAGGUGGUCGGGUCUGCCGUCGAACCCGGGGUCGACACCCAAUCCGAGACAAUUCCUCCAGACUCUGCGUCUUCAUCGACAUCGGUUGAAGCAGGACAUCAUUUUACAAAUUCAUCGCCUUCAGCGCUGUCGGCCCCCACAGUCCUCGAAAGUUUAUCACACCUAUUCUGGGGUUCAACUUACAACCAAACCACCACGCCUCCACCUCCUACUUCCUCGGUAGACACCUCAACCAUCAACCCGUUCCCGUUCCCUCCGUGGUACCCUGAAUCUGCGCACUUCGUUCGUCAAUGGUGGCCAUCACUUCCUGCGUUUGUCAACUCGCACGCCCAUUACAAGCGUCGAGACCGAGACGACGACGGCAGCGAUGACGACUCAUAUACACGAUACUCUUCGCCACACUCUAUCUCGCGAUCCCAUAGCUCCUUUGGUGUAAACGCCGGAAGCAGCAGUGGUGAUAUGUCAGGUUUAUCCGGGGCGCUCUCUCCCACAUUCGGUCCAGGUGGAGUGCCACGGGUGUCGUGUACGGUCGUUCUACUGGCUUCUCACGAUCAGUUGACCCACCGAACGAAGUUUAUCCUUAUGCAACACUAUUUCCGUGUUCCGAUGCGUGGUGUAGAUUGGGUCGAGCUUCGUCAACGCGGACGAAGAUUACCGGGUUUGGCGGCGGCGGCGGCAGCGGCAGCAGCAACAGCAGCAAUGGGAACGGGGGCACCGACGACGAGUGUUGAUUUAGGUUUGGGAGAUGGGAUAUUUAGUGUCAACAAUAACAACAACACCAACACGGGCACCAACGGUGGGCCUGUCAAUGGACAUACGACUAACGGAGUCGCGGAUGCGAAUGAUGAUGGUUCGCCUAGUGCAAGUGGGGGUAACACCCCUGUUGUUCCUCCUCCCGUGCCAGCUACUACCACUACUACCGGUGGAGGCCUUGGGUUUGCCGGAAAUGAUGCAGAUUUCAGAAAUGUCCCACUGGAGCUGUAUAUGAUCGACGAGCCUCCAGACGGGUCGGUGGUUAUGGAGGCUUAUAAUCGUGAUCGGUUAUUGGCAGGGCUUGAUACUCCGCCGAGUUCAGCAGUACCGACAGCUGAAGAUGAGCCUGGGCACUCGAGUAGUAGGAGGCGGAAGCGGAGGGGAUCGGCGAAAGGGAAGGAAAAAGAAGUGGAGGAGGAGGAAGAUCCGAUGAAUAUAUGGUAUGUCGCAGAACCUUUUGAAGUUGUGUGCGUUCUCGACUCUCCAACUUCCGACGAUGAGGAAGAUAACGAUGUGCCCGAUGGUGAUGGUCCAGGUUCGGACGACGACGGCGACGACAAUGGUGUAGGUCCUGGUGGUCCUGGUGGUUUUGGUGCCGGUGUCGGUGGUGCGUUGGGUGAAAAUGAAGGUGGACAUGAGCGACCAAGACCUCUUGUUGCCGUUGAUUUCGGACACGCAGUAUGGAUCGAGUACGUCCCGGAUGAAGAGCAGCCGCACCACGAAGGGAAGAGAGCAGGGCAUGAACAUGAAGUUGGAAAUGAAGAAAAUGAGCCCGUCUUCAAUUGGACUACUGUUCGACAUGAACGUGCGUCGAAUGGAAUCGGAUCGGAAUCGGACCCCAAACGCCUUCGAUUUGUCACCUUCCCACCUUACGUCGAUAUCUACGACCAUGACAGGGAAAUAAUCCAACAGACGAUGGGAGAAGUGAGAACGCUAGAAGUCCCUCCGGAGCUCGACUUGAAUAAUGUUGAGACGAUCAACAUUGACCAGAGUCAGGGGGCAGUGAUUCUGAGUGUGAAAAGCGGUCAAAUCUUCAUUCUUUGUUAUGAAUGA